UACGUAUUCAGUUUUUAUGUUGUUAUGGCAACAGUAUAUCAAGUAGUUAUCAGUUUCGUGGGGUACGUUGUUUGCCAAUAGAUAAAUAUUUAAUCGAAUGUCGAAUUACGCCUCGUUAAGAGGCAGAAAGCAGCUAGUAAAUUAAUUAAAAAGGCCUCAAAAGUUGCGAGAAGUUGUGCCUUAAAUAAUGCUUAAAGAGAGAGUGUCUAUUAUCCGAUCAAGCUAAUUUGGCAAAGAAUUUCAAUGAUUGUUCUUAUAUGAGACAUCACUUAAAAUAUAUGUAACUAUAAAAUUUUAUGAUUGAUUAAAUAACAUAUUCAAACAUGGCAGUGAAUUUAAAUAAUAGAUCUGGAAAUAAUGCGACAAAAUCUUCAUUAUUAAAAGUAAUUCUGUUAGGUGAUGGCGGUGUAGGUAAGAGUUGUCUUAUGAACCGUUUUGUUAAUGGUCAGUUCGAUGCCAAUGCCUGUCACACGAUCGGUGUAGAGUUCCUCAAUAAGGAUAUAGUGGUGAAAGGAGAACGGUACACGCUUCAGAUAUGGGACACCGCAGGACAGGAGAGAUUUCGCAGCCUACGGACACCCUUCUACAGGGGAUCGGACAUCUGCAUGUUAACUUACGGGGUGGACGACCGAAAGAGUUUUCAGAAUCUCAACAUGUGGAAGAAGGAAUUUUUACAGUAUGCCGACAUUCGUGACUACGAAAAUUUCCCAUUCAUAAUAAUUGGAAACAAAGUCGAUAUGGAAACCAAAGAAGUUUCGACGGACGAAGUGAAACAAUGGUGUCAGCAGAACAAAAACUGUCCGUACGUCGAGACGAGCGCCAAAGAUGCAACGAACGUGGAGCAGGCAUUUCACAUGGCCGUGGAGAACUGGCUGCAGAUGGAACAGCGAAUGGAGGAAUUAUAUAUGGACGAAACCGUGGACUUGAGUAAACAUUCCCAGAAGCGAGCAUGUUGUAGUUUGUUAUAACUUUAUUAUUUACGAGGCAAAUUAAUUCAUUAAUUGGCAAUAUUGUAUAUUUAAAUUUUUUGUGAUGUUAUUUAUAUUAUUUCAAUUUAUUGUUGCAUGUUAAGAUACUGUACAAUUGUUAUUUUUGAAUAUAAAUAUUUAUUUGAAGAGGCAAGUAAUUUAAUAAAUUGAUAGAGUUGUGAAAAAUCAUUGCAAUUACAUUGUUGGCCAAAAUAUUCCAAAAAAAAUCUAUAGACUUGUAAUUGCAGGUAAAUUGUGAUGCAAUAACUCAAUUUUAAUGAUACCAAAUAGUAAAAUAAUGAUAAAUCAAAAAUACUAAAGAUUAACUUUCAAUAAUAAUUAUAUAAUGCAGAUGAUAGGAUCAAUCAUUAACAAACUCGUUGAACUUUCUGCAACUUCAUAUGGGAAUUUUAAAUGUCUUUCAAUAUUAUAUGUAUGGAAAACUCAUUUGCAAGGCAAGUCGGAAUUAGAUCUGAAUUCAUAAAAAUUAAUUAAAAGCUGCAGAAGUAAAAUGUCAAAAUUCUACUUAAGUUCCAAAGCUUUAGCAAAAUCUACCAACUUGGCAGCAGACAAUAAAACAGCAUUCCUUGUUUGUAACUUCACAUUGUAUAGUUAUUAAAGGGGCAAUCUUAUUAACAUUAAAUUUGCUUUUCUCUUUAAUUAUAAAGACAGCACACUGAUAUUUAAAUGAUUCAAAUUGCAGAGAAAAUUGCAUUUAAAGUUGGUAAGCACCUUUGGGCCACUCCGUGUUUAUUUUUUAAUGGAUUUGUGUUUUGAUCGUUUGUAUUAGUAUAUAAUUUUGAGUUCCUUCCAUUGCCUAUAAUAAUAAUAAUUUGGGUUAUAUUUUGUCACCACCACCAAUGGGUAGAACAUUGUUCAUUGCUUGUUAAAAUAGAAAUUUCAUUUCCACCAUGUCAAGUAUUUCUAGCUAUUAUAGAAACAAAUUGAAAAAUUAUAGUUUAAAUUAGUCUGCAUAGAUCUCUAUAACCUUUUGGUUUACUUUUUUAAAGACAAUUUUCUGGCUAAGAGGAUGGUUUGAUUUUAAAAUUUCUACUGUUAUAAAAGUUGUUUGUUUGUCAAUGUGAAAGGUAUUUAGCUAGCAUGAAUAUAUAUAUAUAUAUAUAUUUGGAUGGUGGCAUAAAUUUGAGUCAGAUUAGAUCUUGUUUACAUAAUCAGCCAUAUACUUCUGAUGAACUGAAUUAAUAUGCAAAUACCAGAUACUAAGUUCAAAAUAUGCUAAUAUCAACAACUGAAUAUAGAUAUUUAAGAAAUUUUAUUAGAUUUCUGUCUAAAAUGUUAUACAGUAUUUAUUCUUUCUGCAACCAAAUUUGAAGCAUAGCAUUCUAAAUAUUUUAAAGCUUGUUUAUGUUAUACAGGCAAAUCUCGACAUUGUGUUUUCUUAAAUACUGUAAUGCCAUUGUUCAAAAGCUCUGGCAAAUAAUUUUAUUUACUGGAGCUUUUGAACAAAUCCUUCACAUAAAUCUUAGAUAACUUUCUGGUAUAUGUAUGAUUACUAAAUGUAUGAGUUUGUUGCAAACAUUAUCGCCAAAUCAUGUGACUUACAAGCUCAAACUUUUAUACAGAUCUCAUCAUAUAAUUGUUUUUGUAAGGUACUUCAAUUUAGCACCCUGCUUAGUACCAAGUUCAGAGGUGAAAUAAAUGGUGAUUCUAAAUCAAAGCUUUACUGUCUUAAAUGUUCUUCAGUAUUAGUUUUAUGAUGUUUGCAGCAAAUUUUUCAGUUAAUAACUUGUAAAAUAAGCAGCGUGUAAAAUUUUAAGAAUAUUUUGCAAUAUGUUUAAUUGUGUAUAGGAUUUAAUACAAUAAUAAACUUCCUAUGUCAACAUAAAAUUUUUGCCAAAGGUGACUUUGUAUCUUCACAUUUAACUAGUGAAUAGUGAGCAUUGGCAAGCAUUUUGCAUAAGCUAGAGAUAAUUUCACACUAAACUUUAAUAAUUCGAUGACUUCUGUCGGGCUCCCGCUUUCAAUUCUGUAAUCGUCUCUGUAAAGUUCUGGUUGGAGUUAAUGUAAUGUUUUGUUUUAAUAACUCCUCGUAUCCACUAGGAAAUCUUAAUUUCAAAGCUUUUUAUCAGACCAUUUCAUAAAUUUGGUUUUUAUUUUAAUGGCAGAUAUUUGGUCGUUAUUAAAAGCUAAUGAUAUGAUCCGUUCAUUAUCUACCUUUUCUAAUUCUGUGUUUCAAUGUUCAGAUAGUGUUCAGAUGUUUAACAUUUUUUCACAUAAUCCAAUAUAUAGUUUUUUAAAUUCUGUUAGGAUAUAAAUAUAUCCUUUGUGCAUUCUUUAGAUAAUGUAUCAUGAUUUACAGAAAUUACUUCGGUUAAUGCGGUUUCUUCUAUAUAUGUUUCAAAAUUUGUUGAUGGUGUGACAGUAGUAUGAGUAGUGUGUACUGGAGAAGUAACUUUUGCAGUUUUUACUUGUUUUAUAAGAGUUGAGGACAUACCUUUUGGCAGUUUUCUGUGAAUGAAAACAGAGUUGGAAAGGCAUAAUGCUUUAAUUUCUUCUUCUUUCCACGAGCUCUCAGCUUUUCCCACAUUUGUGGUUCGAAAUGAACUUGUCUCACAAAACAAGAAUUACUUGUAGGUUUCCAAUUUUUCUCGGCGCAGUUAUUUAGCCCAAAUUUUUCUCCCUCGGGAAACGUUUCACCAUAUAUCCUAUGACAGAAGAAUUAGAACAACCAGAAGCUGAACAUCCAGGCAUUAUCUGUUCUCAGAUGUGUUCAAAAACUUCCAGAUUUCUUUAUAAACGACUUUAAAGAACACCUAACGAUUCAAAAUAUACAGAGCCACGCGCCAUGUUGUCAGAACCGACUAUUAAUACUGUCUACUUAGCUUCUUGCUAAGCUUGAUAUAAUAAACACUAAAGCUAUACUAAAAUAUUGGAAAUUAAUUAAUUAGACUAUUUUCUUAAAAGUGAGGUGGUUGUGUAUAGUAUAUAAUAAAGUACACAAUUGCUGAGCUUUUGCUACAAAACUAAAGAUAUUAUAUGUUCAAUCAAUCAUUGCAAUGUCUAACACAAGCUAAUGUGAUCAUUUAUCAAAAUUUCAAAUUAGCAUUACCAUUUACAGCAUUAUUAGAGUUCCAUGUUGAAUACUAUAACUGUGUAUUUAAAAAUUACUCAACUGUAAAUCCAAUUCAAACCAUUUUUUGGAAAACUAGUGCUUUUGGACUGUAUAUGCAUUAUCACAAAUUGAGAAUAAAAGACAAUAAAUCUAUCUAUUUUUUAUACCCAUGCCCUUGAUUUUGAUAUCUAUAAAUUCAGAUCUAGCUUUGACUUGCCUCGCAUACUAUUAGCUUUAAUAAAAUUAGUUCUUUCGAGUCUCGAGAAUACAUAAACUACAUAAUUUAUGAAAGUUGGAUGUUGCCAUAUGAUACGAGACAUCAUCUCCUAAUUUUGCAUAUAAAUAUACGGAGUAGCUCGGUUUCCUAAUUAUGUAGUAUUAUCGAGAUGACUCGUUUCGAAAAUGUGGGUGCUUAUUGUCGGACUUAAAACUCAGGGCUUGCUACUGUAUCAGUAUUGAUGUCGUUCAGCUAAUAAUUCUCUUUAAUAAAGAUAAAACUAGUCAUAUUUGUUUAACUUAUUGCCAAAAUAAUGUUUUCCUCCCCAAAUCUCAAAUAAGAAAAUCAAAAUCCGAUAUUUGUUAACUAAUUUUGCUUAAUCAACGAAAGUGUUUUUAUAUUUAUAAAUGAACAAAAAUUAGUUGAACGGAAUUUGCAUAUUAACGUAGCAGGCAUUUUUGAUAUCAAUAUAUGCAAAUUUGCUUACGAAGAUUAAAAUCGUUUCUAACCUCCCAGGCAAUUUGAUAAAGUCGGCAUUACAAACUUCAACUUAAGAGAUCGAACUGGCAUCUGUUGUGUAAACUAAUCCUAUAUCUUUAUAUAGGUAAUUUUUUGUGAAAUACUAUAAAGCAUUAGUUUGUAUAAAUUAUUUAUUGGUUGUAAACAUGUUGUGAUAUACAAUGGAAUCUUGAUUUAAUGUUCUACAAGGGACCAUUCCUUUUGCUCUUUACACAACAAGAUUAACAAACUUUUUGUUAGUUUGCUUCGUGCCGAACAUAAAAUGGUACCGCAUGACAAUCGUGCAGAGAAUCCCAUUCUAUGUUGAUAAUGCAACUUUUCAACUUGCCUCAUGCUGCAAAUUUAUUUUGAAAAAAGACAAGUAAUUUAAAUUAGGAUUCCAAUGUAUACCAAAAGCUCAAUUGUUAAAUAUGCACAAACUGCUAAAUAUGUAAACACAUGCAAUUUUUUGUCAUCGGUUGUAUCGCUUAGAUUGGCAGAAUAGGAAUUUGCUCUAAGUUUGAAUUUUCAUCACUUUGGCACAAGGGAACACUCGUGUAUAAAACAUUCCAUUUACGUUAAAUGCUUUUGACCAAAACUUUAUAUUAUUAGUUGUAGAAAAAGCUUUCUUUACUUUUUUUGAUAGACAAAAAUGUAUUCAAUUCCAUCUUAAAAAAUUAGCAUCAGAAAUAGAGCCAAUUAUUUUGAAAAGACUUGAAAAAGUGGAAUUGUCUCGUCAUUAAAUAAAAUUGUCUUAUCAAAAUCUUGAGUUUAUUAAAUUAACCGAUUCUUUAAUUGCAUAUUAAAUGUCUGACAAAGGUUUUUAUUAAAUUAUGCACUUUAUACAAUCAUCCUUUUUAUCUGGUUAUGUAAUUUGGAAAUAAUUUUAUGUAUAGUAAAAUUAGGUUAUAAUAAAUUUGUUUCAUUUAUUA